ACGUGCCUCCGUUCCCAUUGGCAACCCGUGGCUUCUAAACAACCUACUUUCCUCAGGCCGCAGCUCAGGCCUCCGUGUUUCCUGUCUGGUCCCGCCACCGCCAUGGCAGAGUUGGGCCUAAAUGAGCACCAUCAAAAUGAGGUUAUUAAUUACAUGCGUUUUGCUCGUUCAAAAAGAGGCUUGAGACUUAAAACAGUAGAUUCCUGCUUUGAAGACCUCAAGGAGAGCAGGCUGGUGGAGGAGACUUUCACCAUGGAUGAGGUCACAGAAGUCCUGAAUGGGCUGCAGGCUGUGGUACACAGUGAGGUGGAGUCUGAGCUCAUCAAUACAGCCUACACCAAUGUGCUACUCCUGCGGCAGCUGUUCUCACAAGCUGAGAAGUGGUACCUAAAGCUACAGACAGACAUCUCUGAACUUGAAAACAGAGAAUUAUUAGAACAAGUUGCUGAAUUUGAAAAGGCAGAAUUUACAUCUUCAAAUAAAAAGCCCAUCAUGGAUAUCACAAAGCCUAAACUUGUUCCAAUUAAUGAAGGUGGAACAACAGAACUGCUAAACAAGGAAAUUUUAAGACUUCAACAAGAGAAUGAGAAAUUAAAGUCAAGACUGAAGACCAUUGAAAUACAGGCUACAAAUGCUUUGGAUGAAAAGUCAAAAUUGGAAAGAACACUUCAAGAUUUACAGCUUGAUCAAGGAAAUCAACAGGAUUUUAUAAAGGCCCAUGACUUGGAUGACUUGGAAAACACAGUUGCAGCUCUUAAGAAUGAAUUUCAGAAAACACUUAAUGACAAGACAGAAAACCAAAAGUCUUUGGAGGAGAACCUAGCAGCAGCCAAACAUGACCUCCUCAGAGUACAGGAGCAGCUGAGCAUGGCUGAAAAGGAGUUAGAAAAGAAAUUUCAACAAACAGCAGCUUAUCGAAACAUGAAAGAGAUUCUCACCAAAAAGAAUGACCAAAUCAAAGACCUACGGAAAAGACUGGCAAAAUAUGAAUCUGAAGAUUAAAGACUGAAAGGUUUUGUCCAGAACCUGCCACACAUGAACAUACAAGUUAUCUCCAUCCACCUCAGGCAUGUAUUUUGAAGCAUUUUGUCAUAUUCUCUCCUUUUUCUAAUGUUUAGGCUUUGCUUAUAAUACUAGAAUUAGUAUUCUUAUCUUCAGUUCUCUAAUUGAGAAGAGAAAAAAGAAAGUAAUGAUUCUUUUUUGUUGUCCCAAACACCUGUCUGUCAAGUGCUCCAGUCGCUGUGCAAGUACAAUGAGAUUUCUUCAUGGUAGAAAAGAGUUUAGAGUGGGAAGAAGAGCCAUCCUUUUGUAUUAGUAAGAAGAGUGAACAUUUUAAUGUUAGAUAAGCCAGUACCAUCAAUACUUGUACAGUCUCUGAAUGUAAAGAUACAUAGUAAAGUUAUUAAGUUUACAAAUAAAUCUCCUAUUUUUAAUAAUGAAAUCCUAAUUAAUUUACUCUAUCUGAUAAUCAAAAUGUUUAAACUCAUGGAAAAUAUGUUUACUGUCUUCUAUAGUCACCAUUUUUAAUCAUUUAUAAGGGAAAAUAAGCUGCAGUGAAUGUGAAGAUUCAGUUAACCUUUGCAUCUCUCUAUCAUGAGUGCUGCCUAUCAAAGGAGAUGCAGUCAUUUUUUUGCAUCCUGACUUCUUAUGGGUUUGUGUUAUGGAUGGAGAAGUCAUAUUCAUCCUUUGCUUUCAUAGUUUAGAAAGCAGAUGGACUCAGAGUACAUGCAGUCUCUAGACUUAUUUCCAGAAUAUCUGUUUAGCCUAUAUGUGAAUUAGAACUCUUUCAAACUUUGACUCAACAGAAAGUCAGUGACUAGGUUCCAGGUUGGACUUUGGGUUGUGGUUUGCAUAUGUAUAGAGAAAUGGCAUUUUCAAUUGCCAUAUAUAAAGUAUUAGAAACAGGACACAUACCUAGAGUAUGUGGUGCAGUGAUAUGGUAUCUGGGAAAAAAAAAGUACACAGAAAGAAGGAAAAAAGGAGGAAGAGAAGAAAAAA